CAACAGACAACCCAACCAGUUUCACUUGCGAAAGCAAACAGCUUCCAUUUCCAUUUCAUUCGACAGUCGACCGCCGUUAGCUGGAAACGCGUUUCGGGCACGAGCAUCGCUAAAAUCAAAAGUACUCCUCGAACUUGCACUCGCAACUUCCGCAGAUCCCAUCCGUCCAUCCAAUAAGGAGCAGUGCCAGCAAGAGAUGAAGGAGGCCGAUCUGGAGGAACAAUAUGCCCGCUUUCCGGAGAUCAAGCGUUCGGAGGUGCAAAAGUUUGUCGAAUGGAUCCAUGCCCAGCCCCACAUCUCGGAUCACUUUUCGGAGGGCGAAGCCCUGCACUUCUUCCACGCCUGCCGCUACAGCAUGGAGGUGGCAAAGCAAGUCCUGGACAUCAAUCUCACCGCACGCACACACCUGGAUGAGUUCUUUGUGAACCUUGACUGCGAGCGACCCGAGCUGCGGCGUGCCAUGAAGACAAUUUCCAUUGUGCCCCUGCCUGGAGCCACGCCCGAGGGCUAUCGUGUGAUUGUCGCCAAGCUGGAAGACCUCAAUGCAUCGAACUAUAACUUUGCGGAUGCCAUGAAGCUAUAUUGCAUGAUAUUCGACUACUGGAUGUACGAGGAUGGCAUACAGCCGGGACAUGUGAUUGUUAUCGAUCUGAAGGGCUGCGCCCUGGGCCACUUGGCACGCAUUGGACUGCUCCAAAUGAAGAAAUUCCUCUUCUACCUGCAGGAAGCGGCUGCCAUACGACUGAUUGGUUUCCACUUUGUCAACAUUGUGCCGUUCAUGGACAAGAUUAUGGCUCUGAUGAAUCCUUUUAUGAAGAAGGAACUGUCAAGUGUUCUCCACAUGCACAAUGACAUAAAUGAUUUCUAUAAAUUUGUGCCGCGCGAAAUGCUGCCCAAGGACUACGGCGGACUGGGAGAGGAGACCAAUGUGGCCAGGGAGAUCUACUACAAGAAACUGCUGGACAAUCGCAAGGAAAUGCUCGAGUUUGAGACGCGCCAUCAGGUGAAUGAGAAACUGAGACCCGGCAAAGCCAAGACCGUCUCCGAUCUCUUUGGCAUCGAGGGCAACUUCAAGAAGUUGGACAUUGAUUGACCAUUUCUGUGGCAAUAACUAUUAUCAUUAAGGGAGAAUACAUUUCGUUUUACAGGUGUCUGUUUUUAAUUGCUUAAACAUUUACUUGUUUAACCGAUAAAUCAAGAUUAAAUAAUCAUUCGAACGAUCUAUACAGUUUA